CAGAAACCAAAGGAGAAGCCAGCUGCGGGCGCAGGGAGGGAAUCUUCCGCGCCUCUCCAGAGCCGCGCAUCGGACGGGCGGAGCUCCUUGACGGGCAAAAGGAACGCCCAGUCCUGAGACGCCGACGCAGGAAACGGGCAGAAGGGGUCGUCGUCGUCACUGCGGCGCCCCUGCUCCCUCGCCGAGGAGGAGAACGAUGGCCUUCGCCUGGAGCCCCCUCUGGAGUCUCUGCGCCCUUGUGGGUCUCCUGCUGCCGCCCGGCGGCUCCUCUGAAUACUGUGAGGCUUACGAAGAUUCUGAUGGACAUUGGCAUUCACAGAAAGAUUGCAUGUUCUUUUGUUGCGGAACCUGCGAUGACCGUUAUUGUUGCUCAAACGCUUUUGAAAAAAACAAUCAGUUCCUCUGUUCUCGGACCUUGUUGAGAAGUAUAUUUCCAGCUUUCAAGCCAGAAGCAGUGAAGCUAGACCCGGAUUUUGAGGAGCUAUAUCCAUCUGGACCCGGUGGGACAAUUAUAGCGAUUGGCGUUUCAAUUUUCAUCCUGUUCGUAGUAACCAUCAUUCUCUGCUUCACCUGCUCAUGUUGCUGCCUGUAUAAAGCUUGCCGAAGGAGACCGCAGCCUGUUGUGACCACAGCCACAACUGUAGUGCAGGUGCCCUAUCCUCAACAGCCUGGGAUACCAGCUGCUUAUCCUGGAGGAGCCUACCAAGGAUACAAUCCGCUGCCGGUGCAGCCCCAGCUUGGAAUGCCAGCAGCACCCUACCCAACCCAGUACCCUCCUCCCUAUCCCACGCAGCCUGUGGGGCCACCGCCAUACCAUGAAACAGUGGCAGCUGGUGCUGGAGCUCCUGCAGUUCAGCCGCCUUAUAACCCAGCAUAUAUGGAUCCUCCAAAGGGUUCCUAUUAAAUGGACUUUUGCUGUGUGUCUAUGUGGAAGCCUCUUCAAAUUGCCUUUUUCAUGUGGAGUUCUUUCUUAAAAUACUAUUCUGAUAUAUCUCUUUGGAGGGGUGAGUCACAAUUUAGACUAGGGUUUUUCAACCUUGGCAACUUUAAGACGUGUGGACUUCAACUCCCAGAAUUCCCCAGCCAGCAUAUGCAAUUCUAGGAGUUGAAGUCUACACGUCUUAAAGUUGCCAAGGAUGAGAAACGCUAAUUUAGACAAUUAUCCUUUACAGUGCAUUGAGAAAUGCAAGAAAUUAGGAUCAAGCAAUUAAAAGUUGACUUAAAAAAAAAAGUGGGGGGAGUCUAAGAAAGAACUUAAAGGUAAGCAUCAUGAAUAUAAUUGUGUUAAAUAGCAACAAGCAUUUAUAACAUUAUUUUGCCAUUAUUUCAACAAAAUCAAUUUAAAAAUUGGCUCUUCUCUUUCCAUUUUAGCACAGAAGAGUAAAAUCUGUUGCAAAACUAAGUAUGUUUUCCAAGCAAUGGGGAAAUAGCUCUUUAGCAAGAAAUGGGGCAUGUUGUUAAAUAAUUCCCCUGUAUUUGUCCAUUAUGCAGCAGUUGCACAGCCAUUCAGUAUAACUUUCUGGUGCAAAUAUUUGAAUUUCAUGGGAACUUUGUCACUCUGCCAAAAAUCUUUUGUGUUCUCUGUUGCAUGGAAAUUGUGGAAUGGGAUCAUUUAUCAGCUUUCUGUGUUCUGCAGCAAAAUGUUACAGCAUAUUGUGCUCUUCUAGAAAAAGAGCCAGACUCAAGUCAGACAGGGAUGAAUACUGUGGUGACCUCUUCUGCUUUUAUCUGUAGUUCCCAGAAUCCCUUGCCCUUAGCACCCAGAGGCUGUUGGGAAUUUAAAUCCAGCUGGAAGGAUGUCAAAUUGCCUAGUUCUGUUGUAGGCAGGUAUUUAAAUGGGGUGUUUCAUUCCUCCCCAAAUUAACCAUUUUUCUUUUCCAACUGACAAUCAGUUUCCUAUAGGCAUGUGUAGUCUUGAGCAAGGUGGUGUCUCUUUUGAUUAGUUUCAUCGGCCUGGGUAUGCUAUUAGGAGGAGGAAAUAUCACAGUGAUGAUAUUUUAUGAUAGCUGGGUGUUUUGCUGCCAUUUGAGAACAAUCCAUUUCUCAGUUGAAAGUAAUUUUUCAACUACUUACUGUAUUCCCUGUUUUCUUAGAGUUUGUAUAAGCAAAGAGAGAGAAAGAGAAAGAGAUGAAGUUCUGUCCUGAAAUACAAACAUUAUCUGUAGUACGUUAGGUCUCCUAUAACUUAGAUGUAAGUGGAACCAUUUCUAAACCCUUUAUAUACUAAUGUAGAACCUAUUUGAUAAGGAAGAAAACGUAAGCCUGGCCUUACACCCAAGGAAAAUGGAUGACCCCCAAUCUCUGCAAAGCUACAGCAAUCCAAAGGAAAACAACUUUGCUCCCAAGAAAAUGGCACAGAGCCCAAAAUAAAUCAGUGCAGCUCACAAAACCAGCCAACAUGGUGAGAUUAGAUAAAUCCUGAGAACUGUAGUUCCUGUGCAGAAAUACCCCAGCAAGAGAUACCUGGUUUGGGACCUUUGUGUUUUUCAUUGCAAAUCGUUUUGUGUAGUUACAGGAUUGUAGUCCUGGUGUUUGUUUGAAGAAUGUUUCUGUAAGCUUUGUGUCUCCUGAAAACUUCCAAUUUCAAUUCCAUUUUCCUAUUUAAGGUAUUUGAAGAAUAAUUAAGACUUGUCCACAAACAGUAAGUUCCACUGAAUUCUAUAGGACUUGCAUUUAAUAUGUAGGGGACUCUACUGUAAACUUACAUGGGAUGACUUCUGAAAGAUGUAGUAUCUUAUUAUUAAUGGCCUGUAUCAGCCUUUCCCAAACUAGUAUUCUUGAGAUAUGCUGGCUUAUGGCCAUCCUUGCUAGAGGUAUUGUGAAUUAGAGUCCAACAAGGUAAAGCCCAUUUGCCUGAAAGAAGUGGACUAUGUUAUGUUACAGGAAAGUGAAAGGGUAUCAGAACUUCAUAAGCUGGGAUACAUUUUUCUGACAUAUACAGUAUAUGUGAAUGAUGAAAUGACUUCUUUGUGCAUAGGAAGAGAAAAUAGUUGAUUUCUGUAGUUUGUGUUAAGCUCUACUUCCAUACUCUUUGUAAACAAGUCUGAAAGAGUUUGUCCUCUUAUUCCUAAGCAUUAGAGAUACCUUAUUUCAGCAAGCUUUGGAUUGUGACACCGUGGCCCAGUCUAUGUUCCUACUUCCACAUAUGUUUUACAAAGAAUACCUCUCUCUAUCACUGUGCUGUAAUUACGAAAUCAUAAUAUUAUUUCUUUGAAGGCCGUUUUGCCUGCUUGCCUUGACCUGCCUCUGUUUCUUUAUUCAAGUCAUAUAUGCUGUGGUAGUUUCUAAUCAUUGUAAUGCAUGAAAUCACAGUUGACUGUUAGAAGUGAGUCCUGUAACAACUCAUAGUACUUGCAUGUAAGUAUUUUGGGAAGGAAUGUAACAAGUGGCACAUUCUUAUGAGUGUAGCGUCUCAAUUUCAAUGCUGCAUUCCUUGGUGAAGAAGGGAAGUUUUUAGUUUAUUCUUUUUAUUGUGAACUUCAAAAGUGCCUUUUCCAAAUUUUUGUAACUAUGUCGGCAUAGCUAUUAUACAAUAUUAACAUACUAUGGUAUUUUUGUUCAAAAUCUUGAUUUUGUUUUUAAUAAAAUUUUCCUUUACA